GCGGGCAGUGACCCAGAGGCUGUCGCGCGGUGCACAGAUAAGACGUCGAGCGUGCGCAGGCGCUCGGCUUAGAGGACUGCCGGAAGCUAAGAUGGCGCAGAGGUGUUUUCCAGGCCGCAGCUGGCGCCGUAUCAGUAUCUAAGCGGAGUGUUUUGGAAGGAGUUAAGGGGCUGUGGCAAACUCCCUCUCAGCCGUGAUGGCCCGGCAUCGGAAUGUUCGAGGUUAUAACUACGAUGAAGAUUUUGAAGAUGAUGAUCUCUAUGGCCAGUCUGUAGAGGAUGAUUAUUGUAUUUCGCCAUCAACAGCUGCUCAGUUUAUUUAUUCACGGCGUGACAAACCUUCCGUUGAGCCUGUAGAAGAAUAUGAUUAUGAAGAUCUGAAAGAAUCUUCCAAUUCUGUUUCGAACCAUCAGCUCAGUGGAUUUGAUCAAGCUCGUCUUUAUUCAUGCCUUGAUCACAUGAGAGAGGUACUUGGAGAUGCUGUGCCAGAUGACAUAUUAAUUGAAGCAGUUCUGAAGAACAAGUUUGAUGUGCAGAAGGCUUUGUCAGGGGUUCUGGAACAAGAUAGUGUGCAGAAUUUGAAGGACAAGAAUGAGGGAACUGUAUCUACAGGAAAGAUAGCAAAAGGAGUCUUAUUUUCUUCUGAAGUUUCAGCUGAUGAUGGUCAAAGUUCUCAUCCUCAGUCAGCAAAUCAUUUGGAUUAUAGUAGCAAACCCUUUGAUUUUUCUAGCUCAGUAGGAAAAUAUGGAUUAUCUCUUAAUUCUUCAGUUCCAAGUCACUGUUUGCUCCAUAGAAAAAAGCAUCUUAACAGACUUAAAAGUGAAAAGAAACUAGAAUCAUGUAAGUUAACAAAAGAACUUUCACUAGCUGACCUAAUUCAUGAUAUAUCAAGAGAUUCCUGUGAAAGUCAGCCAUCAGUCAGAUUAUCAUCUACAGAUAGUCUGGAAAGCCUACUUUCAAAGAAACUAGAUGCUGAUUUGUUGAGACCUUAUGCAUCUGAAUGUGUUUCCAUAGAUGAUUCUGCAUUCAAAGAAGUACCAGAUUUGAAGUCCAUAAUGAUAAAGAGCACAACACCAAAUAAUUCUUUAUAUGUUCAAAAUAAUUCACUAUCUGAUUUUCAAAACAUUCCAGUACAGGAUGGUUUAGGAAGUUCAAAUAAUCCUUUGUACUUAACUAGCUCAUUGGAAAAUAUGACUGUUGAUAAUUUAAAUGCUAGUAAAAAAACUGAAGUUGGAAGUGUUCCUUCAGUUGAACAAAGUGCCAAGAAUUACAGUUUUAAAAAUGACAAUUUGCAAGUUUCUCAAUGUGAAAGUCCAUCCCUAACUGAACUGUUUCAAGAACACAAAGAAAACAAUAUAAACCAGUGCUUUACUUUAUCUGAUCUUUGUAACCAGUCAUCUGCCAGUUUCACAGAUCUAAGUUUGGGAUCCUUUCCCUUGUCACAAUUAGCAAAUCGCUGUCAGUCUUCACCUGGAAUAUCAGAAUUAACAGGAUCUCUGUCAUCAUUGGCAUUUCAUAAAGCUUCUCCCACAAGAGACCUUGAGAAUUUGUCACUUUCUGAACUGAUUGCAGAAACCAUUGACAUAGACAACUCUCAGAUUAAGAAGGAGUCCUUUGAGGUCAGUUUAUCUGAAGUUAGGUCUCCUGGAAUAGAUUCAAAUAUUGAUCUUAGUGUCCUUAUAAAAAACCCAGAUGUUGUUCCAAAGCCUAUAGUAGACCAAAUGGUUGCUCCAUCAUCACGAUCUAAAGUUCUAAGUUCAAAGCUAGGGAAGAAUUCCAAUUUUGCUAAGGAUAAUAGGAAAAACAAUAAAGGCUCUCUGACUAGGAAACCACCUUUUUCUCUCUCUUGGACCAAGGCCCUUGCUGCUAGACCUUCAGCUUUUGCCACAACACUGUGUCUUCGUUACCCACUGAAAAGCUGCAAGCGACGCACCCUUAACCUCUAUAAGACUUUUGUUUAUAGUAGACAAGUUGAAGAUGUAAAGGACAAAGAAAUAAGUCCUCUUGUAGCAAUAACACCAUUUGACUUCAAAUCAGCAUCACCUGAUGACAUUGUAAAAGCUAAUCAAAAAAAAGCAUUUACUAGAGAAUAGUAACACAAGGAAAACUCAAUUGCUGUUGUAGAGCUUUUUAUUUUUAAUUAAAGUCUUCAGAGGAUCACUUUAUAUUAUGGGAUUCAAAUUGUGAUUUUUAUGAAAAUUGUUAUAGGUCAGUUGAUUGGUUGAUACAUAUUUUUGCACUGAAUUUUUUUUUUAACUACGUCUUCUUUUAGUGAUAACUGACUUUAUUUAAGUUGGUAACUUACACUGAGUAUAUGUUUACAAAGUGGAUAUGGAAACUUGAUGUUGUGAAAUCAGACCUCAGAUAUUUCUGUUUGAAGCAUUCAACUUUCUAUGUUUUUUAUGAUGAAAUAUUUUUUUUCUGUGAUAAAAUAUUUUUGUACUUUGUCCUUAAACGAAAAUGCCAGCACUUGGGAUUAUUAUAGUUUAGUGUGAAGAUAUUUCUUAUGUGGCACAGCAUAGCUGAGACAUUAUAUUUUAAAGUAGGAUGUAAUUCUUAUUUUUCUGUAGAUAAAUACUAGAAUUUUUCUAUUAGGAAGUCUUAAAAUUCCUGACUUUUGAGAGUGCUAUGGAGAUUGUUGAAAUACAUUUUUGAUGAUAAUAAAAUGAAAAUCUUUUAAGGGACCAUGUAAAUAGAGAAGUUGGAUUAAUAUGUGAAUUAUUUUUAUACAUUUUUAAAACCAUUUGUCCUGAAGAUACACUUUAAAAUAAAUAAAUAUAUAAUAAGUGUUUUCAAGUAUGGUUGCAUGUUCUUUGAAUGGAGAAUUUUACCAGAUCUCUUUAACUUGUUCUUUUUUUUUUUUUUUUUUUUUUGAGAUGGAGUCUCACUCUGUCACCAGGCUGGAGUGCAGUAGUGCGAUCUUGGUUCACUGCAACCUCCGCCUCCCAGGUUCAAGCGGUUCUCCUGCCUCAGCCUCUUAUGUAGCUUGGACUACAGGCACACACCACCAUACCCAGCUAAUUUUUGUAUUUUUAGUAGAUGUGGGGUUUCACCAUGUUGGCCAAGAUGGUCUCGAGCUCUUGACCUCCUGAUCCACUGCCUCAGCCUCCUAAAGUGCUGAAAUUGCAGGGGUAAGCCACUGCACCUGGCUUAACUUGUUCUUUACAAUAAGUAAUGGAAUAUGGAGCUUUCGUUUUUGCUUCUGACAGCUGUGUUUCCCACAGUGACAAAGUUUCAGCAAUGGAGGAUCAGUAAGAGCUUUUUUAAUCAUUAGAGUAAGUUUGUAAUUCAUCCCUUAAAGCAGUGGUUCUUAACUAGCAAUCAUAAUCACCCGAGAAAUUAUUUCAGAACACAGAUACUGUAGCUUUACUCCAUACAUGCUUGAGCAGGCUCUGAGGAAUGGUACUUGGGAAUGUGUAUUUUCAAAAUUAUCCCCCCAAAUGAUGUGUAUUUCUGUCCAAGAACCAUUGCCUUAAAGGGAGAAAUCAGUAGAAUGGAGUUACCAAUGCUAAAAUAACGUCUGACCAACUUGAAAAGAAUAAUUUCUAGAAAUCAGGAAUACCAAGGAAAAAUGCUACUUAGGAAGUAUGGCUUUUUGCACAAAAUGAUGCAGAUAUUAGUAGUAUUCUUUGCAAAAACAUAAUACAGUAGUAUCUAAAAUAUUUUGUUACUAUUUUUUGAGACGGAGUCUUACUCUGUUCCCCUGGCUGGAGUGCAGUGGCGCAAUCUCAGCGCAAUCUCCACCUCUCAGGUUCAAGCAGUUCUUCUGUCUCAGCCCCCCAAGUAGCUGGGAUUAUGGGCGUGCCCCACCAUACCUGGCUAAUUUCUGUACUUUAGUAGAGAUGGGGUUUCACCAUAUUGGCCAUGCUGGUCUCGAACUCCUGACCUCAGGUGAUCUGGCUGCUGUGGCCUCCCAAAGUGCUGGGAUUACAGGUGUGAGCUACCACACCUGGCCAAAUAAUACUUUUUUUUCCUCUGGCAGCUACUUCACUGUGCAUUUGAUAAUUUUUUGUAUUAUUUUGUUUCUGUUUAUUUUCAGAAUGAUGUUCCAAAAUUUUAAUCUCUAUGUGUUGUUUUUAUGUUCAGUAUUUUGAGGGAAAAGUUAAGAUGGCAUUAUGUCCUUUUUUUUUUUUUUAAACCAAAUACUUCUUGAUUUCUUGUGGUGUCUUCAGGUUUUUUUUUUUUUAAGAUGGAAUUUUGCUCUUGUUGCCCAGGCUGGAGUGCAAUGGCUCAAUCUUGGCUCAUUGCAACCUCUGCCACCUGGGUUCAAGUGAUUCUCCUGCCUCAGCGUCCAAAGUAGCUGAGAUUCUAGGCAUAUGCGCCACCACGCCCAGCUAAUUUUGUAUUUUUAGUAGAGAUGGAGUUUCUCCAUGUUGGUCAGGCUGGUCUCAAACUCCUGUCCUCAGGUGAUCUGCCUGCCUUGGCCUCCCAAAGUGCAGAGAUUACUGGCAUGAGCCACCACGCCUGGCCCAGGUUUUUUUUUUUUUUAAUUGAGUAUUUCAGUGCACCAUAAUACUAAUGCUUAGGAGAUGUUUAAAUCACAAGCUAUAUUUUGUGAUUGAUUUCAAAAUUUGAAUUAUCCCAAUGGUUGAGAUUGUUUUUCUAGUCUAGGACCUUGAUCAAACAAUUUAGUAACUUUGAAUUAGUGUAAGACUGAACUAGAUGUAUGUAUAGGCAGUCUACAAUUUAGGGAGUGAAUUAAGUGAAUUCUAAGAGUUAGUUUGUAACUGAUGAUAUUCCUGAUGGAUUCAGUGCUACACAAGUGGUCCACAUUGCACAUGAAUCCACAAAUACUUAUUUAAUGUAAACUGUAGUUGAAUAGCAGCACUAUUGUGUUGCCUUCUUUUAUAACAAAGUGAUUUUCAAGUGGAAGUACUUUUAAAGCCAUGUAGUAGACCUUGUAGGGUCAACUAGGUCUGCAUUUGUUGGCUGAGGGGGUUGUAAUUACCAUGUAUGAGAUUCUGUAGUAUAGGGUAGUAAGAGAAGACAACAAUGUCUUAAAUAGGUUUCCAGGCUUCCUAUUUUACUUGGCUUGGCUGCUGGCCUGUAUAUGACAGGCAUGUAUAUGACAAGUGCUUGCGCUGUAGACUAAGGGAAUGUCACAGUCUCUGAGAUUGCAAAGGUGGAACUGUGCAGACCCUUCCAUCUAACACCCUUGGCCAUUGGUCCUUGAUGAAAAGCCAAGUGCCUGCUUGUUCUUGAAUAUAUUCCUUGUGAUGAUUGUUGGCACUAAGUGUAUAUUCUGUAUCAGCUGCUGUUUAUUGAUUGACUGCUGUCUUAGUGGCUCAGGUAUGCUAGAUGUUUUAGUUUACUUUAUUUUUCAAUUCACUUAUAAAUUUUAAAAUGCAAAGCUGUUUUUAUUUGCAUUAUGAUCAAGGGCAUUAAUAAUUUAUUUUAGGAAUAGAAAUAAUAUUAUGAUUAUAUUCUAAAGGAUAUACAAUAAAUUGCCAAGAACCAGGGUUUCAUUUCUGUACAGAGUACUUCUUAAAACUUUUCCUUUUUGUUUUACCUUUACCCCUUUCUUAGUUACUAAACUGGCAUUUUAACCUCUUUUUCUCCUUUCACUUUUGCAUCUGUCUUUCUUAAAUUCGUCCUUUGUCCUUUUGCUUCUCAUAUAUAAUAAUAACUAUAGUCAGUAUUUUAUAAUUAGGUUUUAGUACUCAGUGGGGAGAAUCAUGUAACUAAUUGCUAUACCAGGGAUAAAACUAAUAAGGUGCUCAUUUUUUGUAAGUAAAAGGAACCACUGAAAAUAAAUACAGUUAAAGAGAAAAAUAAUUAGUAAAUAUGAUUAUUUACCUUUUUUAAAUUAACCCUGAAUCUGUAUGUGGACCAUUGCAAAUAAACAAGUAUACACUGUAUAUUGAGAAAGAACUGUGUGUCAACAUGUUUUCUCUUUUGUGUUCAUGCAACUAUAGAUUUGGUUAUAAAGUCAGUUUUAUAGUAGUUUAGGAAUUAUUUUCUAUUAUAUAUAAACAGUAGAAUGUAUAUAGAUAAUGUUGAGUGGACUGGGAGGGAUUAAUAUGAAUUUCUAUACUAAUUUUCCUUUAUUUAUAUACUUAUAAUGACAUAAAGCUCAGUUUAUGCAGUUAUACAAUUUUAGUUUUUAGAUUGUAAAAUAUGUGUUACAUUUUGAGUGUAUAUAUACAUUUUGUAAAAGCUACAUUGAAAGAAAUUAAAAUUCUGAGCUUUUCCUAAAUCAACUGUAAAAACAUGCAGUCUAUCCAUUAGGAUUUUCUAUAUAAACUUGAUAUUUCUGAAUGCUCUUUUAAUAAUUUACGCUGAAAGUACUAUUUUAUUUCUAUAAACAAAUUAAAAAAACAAACUA